CAUUAAUUAAAUCCCAUUAAAUUCGUUAUUCACAAUCCUCUCUCUCUAAAAUAUCGCCCUUCCUUCUUCCUUCCUUCUCCCUCUCACCAAACAAACAAGAUGCUUCCAAAAAUCCAGAGAAACUGAAACAGAAAAGAAAACAAUGAAAAACUCUCACACAACCACACUACUCUCUUCCUCUUAGAUCUCCAAAGAAACCCUAGCUUUCCUUCUUAUUUUCCCUCUCAUUCAUAUAGAUUCUCUUCUUUGUUGUCUCAACAAUUUCUCUAACGCUUCGUUCCUCUUUUGCUAAUUCCACGAAGAAAUAGAAUCGCUCCUUCUCGGUUCUUCAUUUUCUGUAAUUCUUAAUUGUUUUUUGGUGAUUCCGACCCGGUUGAGAACUGAUUCGGCCGGCAUUUCCGAUUUCGCGGUGGUUUUGUAGUGAAAUGCUGAAUUGAAUAUAUACAUAGAGAAGAGAGAAUGGACGAUAGAGGAGGAUCAUUUGUGGCUGUGAGGAGGAUUUCUCAAGGUCUCGAGCGAGGAAAUAAUACUUGCCAUUCAAGUUCUGCUGAGGUUGUGGCAGGAUCAGCAGCCUGGCUUGGCCGUGGUCUUUCCUGUGUUUGUGCACAGAGAAGAGAGAGUGAUGCUCGUCCAUCAUUUGAUUUAACCCCUCCACAGGAGGAAUGCUUGCAGAGGUUGCAAAGUCGUAUAGAUGUCGCCUAUGAUAGUUCAGUUCCUGAGCACCAGGAAGCUUUGAAAGCCUUAUGGAAUGCUGCCUUUCCUGAAGAAGAACUUCAUGGCUUGAUAUCUGAGCAAUGGAAGGAAAUGGGUUGGCAAGGAAAGGAUCCUUCAACAGACUUUAGGGGUGGUGGUUUUAUAUCAUUGGAGAAUUUGUUGUUCUUUGCUAGGAAUUUUCCGACGUCCUUCCAGGAUCUUCUUCAAAAGCGAGAAGGUGAUCGAUCAGUAUGGGAAUACCCAUUUGCUGUAGCUGGUGUGAACAUCACUUUUAUGCUCAUUCAGAUGCUUGAUCUUGAAGCAGUCAAACCACGCACGCUGGUGGGGGCAACUUUCUUGAAGUUUCUAGAAGAGGAUGACUCAGCAUUUGACCGUCUCUAUUGCAUAACGUUCAAGCUAAUGGAUCAUGAAUGGCUUGACAUGCGCGCUUCAUAUAUGGACUUCAAUGCGGUAAUGAAAUCCACACGCCGCCAACUAGAGAGAGAGCUCCUGUCUGAAGACAUAACACGGCUAGAAGAAUUGCCCUCUUACACCCUUCUUACACGAUAGUAUAGCAGUUGGAGAGUUAAGCUUUCAUGUAACAGAAAAACCUCUGCCAGCAUUUGGCACGUUUGGGUUCCUGCCACUUUCUUCUCCUUGUUCCUUUUAGUUGAAUGGUGUUUUGUACAUGAUAUGUUGUUUCUCAUUAAAACUUUAGUCGAAGCUAUGUUAGUGAAUUCCCCCAUUUAAUCUCCAUAAAAAGGGUUUGUUGAGUUUGUCAAGUAUCUUGUAGCGGAAAAGGGGAAGAAGAAGAAACUUCUUGAGUUUUAUAAAGGAUGAAUACAAGUGUGGUUGCGUUUAGGUUCCAAA